GCGAUUUUUUUGUCAUUUCGAUUUUGCGAAUAAAACCGAGUAGUUGUGUGACGGUGUGUUAUAAAAUAAAUUAGAAAAAAUUUAAAUAAAUUAUUAAGAAAAGUGCAUAAAAAAGCAAUUAAUACAAAAAAGCCUAUGCUACCCUGUCGUGUGUGUUUAAAGAUAAAAGAAGUUUGUUAAAAAAAAUUAAUGAGCAUAAUAAAAAUAAUUCUACACAAAACAGGGUGUUCUAUAGAUAUUUGCAAAAAAAAGAAUAGCAACAAAGUGUAUAAAUAAAUACAUUCAAUGAUUUUUACAAUUAAGAAUUUAAAGUGAUUGUGAGUAAAUUAUAUUAACUGCUAGAGCCGCCUGCCUGUACGGGGCACAAAGUCCAAUAAUUAUUAAAAUUUGUUUUUGAAUAGGUCUCCAAUGAGCCAUCUUUUGGAGAAACCAAAUAUUGCAAUGCCCAUUAAGACAACUAGUGGUCAAUUUUCCACAGCUGCCGCCGCCGUCACUACUGCAACUGCUAAUGCAAAUUUAAAUACAAACGCCGUCAACACAACCUCAACAAAAUUGAACAAUGAUUCUACGACGAUAGCAUCUGAACAUCAACAACAGCAACAGCCAGAAAAUGAUAUUAAAAGUCCUGAAACAAUAGCAAAUACUUAUCAAACGGUUAUAGUAAGUUUAACAGCUGGUGCAGCAGCAGGAGCUCUGGCCAAAACUACAAUAGCACCUCUGGAUCGUACAAAAAUUAAUUUUCAAAUCAACAAAAAUGUACGCUAUACAUUAAAAGGUGCCAUAGACUUCCUUAAACAAACUCAUGCCAAAGAGGGUACACUGGCGUUAUGGCGUGGCAAUUCUGCUACCAUGGCUCGUAUAGUGCCUUAUGCAGCCAUACAGUUUACAGCCCAUGAACAAUGGCGUAAAAUAUUACAUGUGGAUAAAGACGGUACAGACACUAAAUUGAGACGUUUUGUGGCGGGCUCUUUGGCGGGCAUAACUUCACAAUCAUUGACUUAUCCCCUGGAUUUGGCAAGAGCACGUAUGGCUGUUACAGAUAAAUAUACUGGUUAUAGAACUCUGCGCAGCGUUUUUGUUAAAAUUUGGGUCGAAGAAGGUCCCCAUACCUUGUAUAGAGGUUAUUGGGCAACAGUUUUGGGUGUAAUACCGUAUGCAGGCACCUCAUUCUUUACAUAUGAAACUUUAAAACGUGAAUACACGGAAAUGACUGGCAAUGCUAAACCGAAUACUCUAGUCACUUUGGCAUUUGGCGCUGUAGCUGGUGCUGUUGGACAAACCUCUAGCUAUCCUUUAGACAUUGUUCGAAGACGUAUGCAAACAAUGGGUGUAACCAAAGAUGGACACAAUAAAUAUCCCACCAUUUAUAAAACAUUAAAAACUAUUUAUAAGGAGGAAGGCAUUAAGAAUGGUUUUUAUAAGGGUUUAAGUAUGAACUGGAUUAAGGGACCUAUUGCUGUGGGCAUUAGUUUCUCUGCCUAUGAUUUGAUUAAAGAAUUAUUGCGUGAAUUAUUCCAUUUGAAACGUGGCCGAAGUCUGACAACAGUUUCCAAUUAGAUUUUAUUAUGUCUAUUCUAAUUUUUUACACCUCACCUCACCAACCCCCCCUCAGUGUCAAUACUAUGUUGUUAUUUAAUUGUUUAGUUUAAACGCCAGCAAAUUUAUCUUAGUUUUAUUAGUUUCUUCAUUUUUAAUAAGAAUUUAGUCUUUGUUAAAAAAAAAGAAAAGCAAAUUAUAAAUUUGUUUUAGUUAGGCUUUAACCAAAAAACAAAAGUUUAUACAUUUUAAAAAACAGUUGUUAAUUCGAGAAAAUCUUUAAAAAAAAUAAAGUUUAUUCUUUAUUCUAAGAAUAUUUUUUAAAAUUUUUCAUAUGAAAAUUUAAGCUGUACAAAUUGGUUUUUAAAUAAGUUUUGUUAAAUCUAAUUACUUCCUUAGCUUAAACAUAUAUAUAAUAUUUUUUAAAAUUAAAUUACAAAUUUAAAUUCUGUUUCAAACACUUUUAAAUUUGGUUCCUGUUUCAUUUUUAUUUCUCUUUUUUAUACGCCUAUUUUUUAUAUUUAUAAAAUGCAUACGCACAAUAUAAGACAAUAAUAAAUAAUUUACUUGAAAAUGCAAGAUUGUGAAAUUAUGUUCAUAUAAUAUAAUUAAUACACAUACAUAAAUAACAAAUAUAUGUAAAGGAAUUCUUGAAUUUAUAUUAAAAAGUCUUGCUGUUACAAUACAAACAAAACAAAAAUUUCGUCUAUUAUAUAAUUGUGAUUAAGAAUUUUUUUCUAUAAAUUUGUAUAACAGAAAGAUAGUGUCGUAUUAAGAAGAAAAAAAAAGAAGAAAAAAUCAAAACUACAGAAGAGAAAUUAUAAAGAUUAAAUUGUGUAUAUAUACUAAAUAAAAUAAACAAAUUG